CAGCAUUAACAUUCAGUCGCUAUUUUACUCCGCGAUCUUCCAGACGUGUUUCUUUUGCAUUUGCAGUUUGUGGCAUCUUGAACGGGCAUUUUUUAAUUUACUUUCGCAGAUCUUCUUUUAUCUUCUCUCGUAUUUUUGUUGGCAACAAUUGUGAAAAUGUCUGAACCAAUCCGUGUGGUAGUAACUGGUGCUGCCGGUCAGAUCGCCUACUCGCUGCUGUACAUGAUUGCCAAGGGAGAUGUCUUCGGACCGAAUCAGAAGUUGAUCUUGCAUUUACUGGACAUUCCACCGAUGAUGGGUGUGCUCGAGGGUGUAGUCAUGGAAUUGGCCGAUUGUGCACUACCACUGCUUGCCGGUGUGAUUCCAACUGCGGAUCCCGCCGUUGGAUUCAAGGACGUUGCUGCUGCCUUCCUCGUCGGUGCCAUGCCCCGUAAACAAGGCAUGGAACGUAAGGAUCUACUGUCAGCCAAUGUGAAGAUUUUCAAGGUUCAGGGUGAAGCGCUCAACAACAAUGCCAAGAAGGAUGUUAAAGUACUUGUGGUAGGCAAUCCGGCGAACACAAAUGCACUAGUUUGCUCGCAUUAUGCACCAUCGAUUCCAAAGGAGAACUUCACCGCCAUGACUCGAUUGGAUCAGAACCGUGCGCAAUCACAGAUUGCUGCUCGUUUAGGAGUUGGUAUCUCCAAAGUGAAGAACAUUAUCAUCUGGGGCAACCAUUCGUCUACGCAGUAUCCCGAUGCCAAGAACGGUACCGUUGAAAUCGACGGGUCCCCGAAAAGUGUUGUCGAAGCCGUCGCUAAUAACGACUACUUGAAUGCGGAGUUCGUAGAGACCGUGCAGAAGCGUGGAGCAGCGGUUAUCAACGCUCGCAAAAUGUCCUCUGCCAUGUCUGCAGCUAAGGCGGCCAGUGACCACAUGCGUGACUGGUUUGCCGGUACCAAAGAUGGCGAAUACGUGUCGAUGGGUGUUGUGUCCGAUGGCAGCUACGGAAUUCCCAAGGACGUUGUCUUCUCGUUUCCUGUGCAGAUUCAGAACGGUCAGUGGAAGAUCGUUCAGGGUUUGAGCAUUGACGAUUUUGCCCGUGGCAAGCUGGAUAUAACGGCCAAGGAGCUGUUGGAGGAAAACGAAGAAGCCAUGGCUGUUUGUGCCUCAGAUUGACUAACUAAGCUGUAAAAUGGAACGCUUGUAGAAAGUAGGCAAAUGAAAGUUUUUGUUUUGCAUUUCUUCAACUGUUUUGUUUUACGUUGAUCCGUAAACUGAUUCCCAGAUGAACUAAAACGUAAUUGCAUAGCAAACCUGGCACCAUAUAAACAAAGUUUUAGCCUGUGAACUAUAUUAUUAUUCAGGCAAUAUAUGUUAUUAUCUACACAAAAUUUUCAUCUUAGAAAGAUUGAAUAAAGUUAAUCAAAAGAA